GGGGAGUGUGAUAUGUGUAUUUGUUUUCUUCCUUCUGUGUUUUCUGGAAACAUUAGUGUUGUCUUUCUCGGAGCACCCAAAAUGCCGCCUAAAUUUGACCCUUCUCAGGUCGUCGAUGUCUUUGUCCGGGUCACCGGUGGCGAAGUCGGUGCGGCCAGCUCCCUGGCUCCGAAAAUUGGGCCGCUCGGUCUCUCCCCUAAAAAGAUUGGUGAAGACAUCGCUAAGGAGACCGCCAAGGACUGGAAGGGCCUUCGCGUCACCGUCAAACUCACGGUGCAGAAUCGCCAGGCCAAGGUGACUGUUGUUCCAUCGGCGGCGGCUUUGGUCAUCAAAGCACUUAAGGAGCCAGAGAGAGACAGGAAGAAGACUAAGAAUAUCAAGCACAGCGGGAACAUCUCGCUCGAUGAUGUAAUUGAGAUCGCGAAGGUUAUGAGGCCAAGAUCGAUGGCGAAGGAUCUGAGUGGAACUGUGAAGGAGAUUUUGGGAACUUGCGUCUCGGUUGGGUGUACGGUCGAUGGCAAGAAUCCUAAGGAUUUGCAGCAAGAGAUUACUGAUGGUGAAGUUGAGGUGCCGCUUGACUGAGAGAUCACUUGUCACAAAUAAACAUUGAAAACCUUGGUUGUUCAGAAUUAAUUUAUGUUGCUGGUGCACUGCACUGAGGGCUGCUGCCAUAGAUGUGUCAAUUGUAAAGAGAUUUUUCAACCUCUGAAAUGUGCGCAUUGUUUAUUUCUUCCCUUGUGCAUAUGGAGAUGAUGCUGAAUGUAAUGUUGCUCGUUUAUGAGGAUUGUGGUGUUGCCUUGUUGGAUUGUUUUCUUUUGAACUGAGGGUAAACAUUUUUAAAAUUUCCUGGAUUCAGUUACUUUCUGUAUGCCAUUUCUUGGUUUUAUGUUGCAUCUCUUCCUUUCUGUUUUGAUGUA